AUGAGGCGUCGCGAGCUAGAAUUUGUGGUUAGUGACAAGGUAUUUUUGAAAGUGUCGCCAUUGAAGAGUGUGAUGUGGUUUGGUAGGAAGAGAAACCUUAGUCCUCAUUUUAUUGGCCCUUAUGAAAUUGUGAGAAUAAUUGGGAAGGUGGCUUACGAAUUGCAGUUACCAGCCGAGAUUUCUAUGGUGCAUCCUGUGUUUCACAUUUCAUUGUUGAGGUUCUAUAAAACCAAUCCUUUCUAUAUCUUAACUCAUAAAGAGAUCAAAUUCAAUAAGGGGUUAUCAUAUGAAGAAGAACCUAUGCAAAUCUUAAAUCAUCAAGUUAGGAGGUUGAGAACUAAAGAUUUAGCUUAUGUUAAACUGUUGUGGAGAAAUCAUAAUUGUGAGGAAGCAACUUGGGAAGCUGAAGAGGAAAUAAAGAAGAAUUACCCUCACUUAUUCCCCAUUUCAGGUUGCUAUUUAAUGCUCAUUAAUAAGAAAACAAUAAUGGGGCAAGAACAAUGGAUCACGUACCUCUUUGAUGCAGCGGAAGGAGAUUUAGAGAAGAAGAAAUUUGGUAUUGCAUCCCUUAUACGUUGUUCUGAUCUUAUUGAGAAGGGAGGUAGAGGUUAUGGAGAAUAA